AUGAACCCGCGUCCAGGGAUGAGUAGUCCAACCGGGGGACGGAACUCUAUAGCUCACACGCCGGCACUGCCAACGACACGUGUAGCUCACAAAUCUCAUAUCAAGUCCUACGCGCGCAGACAGUAUCAUCACCCCACCGGCACUGCCAACGCCAUGUGUGAUGAUACUAAGCAAUAUACAUACUCUUCCCAUACACCGGCACUGCCAACGCCAUGUAUGAGACCAGCAAUCUCAUGGCCUUCCCACCCCACCGGCACUGCCAACGAUGUGUGUGGGAAGCCUAGUAACCAGGGAAUGGUACUCACCUAA